AUGAGUGAUCCAGCAAUGCAUCCAUCAGGAAGUCUGGCUUUGCCAGAGUUCAUCGAGAUGCUGGAGUGCCGGGAUGAUGCGAGUCGGGUAGCAGCCCUUGAGUUCGUCAACCGUGGGGUCUUUGAGACGACUGAUGAGAAUGAAGCCAAGACGCUGUUCCGUAGAGUCAUCUCGAUGCUAGGUGACCCCGCUUGGGAGGUCAAGAGAGCUGCAAUCCAUUUGCUCUCCGAGCUGGCUUCACAGUUCGACCGCGGCACUGUGCAGAGCCUGAUCCGAGCGCUCUCCCACCCCGACCCUGCAAUACAGAUGACGGUUGCUUGCGUUCUGAGACAUGUGGAGGGUGCAGAGGACCUCUGCCAUCUCCUAGAUGACCGGUCGACAGUUGAAGCGGCUGUGAGUCACCAAGGGGGACUCCUGGAGUUCGCUGGUGCAAGCUUCCGGGGAGGCCGGGACAUUGUCCUGGCAGCUGUGAGGCAAGAUGGGCAGUCGUUGAAGUAUGCGAAUCCCAACUUGUGUAGUGAUGAAGAGAUCGUGCUCGCCGCGGUCGCCCAGAGUGGAGCGGCGGUUCACUUCGUCAGCCAGGAAACCAUCGCCAAGCACGCAGGUCUCCGCGCCCUGCAUGAGGGACGAGGUCUCGCCUUGUAUGGUGACUACCUGGUACUGGAGGUCCUCUGCAAGGGUACCUUCAGCGAAGUAGCAAGAGCCGAGCACGUGCGCACGAAAGAUGUCGUGGCCAUGAAGAAGGUGUCGUUGGACCGCAUCCGAGCCGACAGGGUGCGGGAGGCGGCGCUGCUUCACAACUUCAGGCAUCCCAAUGUGGUGCGUCUGCUCGAUGUGGAGGUGGUCUGUAGUGACAUUCGGAUGGCCUUCGAUUUUCACCCGACGGACCUUCACAAGGUGCUCAUGCUGCAUGUGCAGAGUUCCCACUACCUGCCAAUUGAGCAAGUUAGACAAUUCUCCGAGGACAUCCUGAAUGGCCUGUCUGCAUGCCACACCAGGCACCUUCUUCACCGAGACCUGAAGCCUCGGAACAUUCGCCUGGGCAUCGACGGCGUCCUGAAGAUAGCAGGCUUUGGCCAGGCGCGGGAGUGUUCUGAGCAAGCGUUGACGCUGGAAGUGGUGACGCUUUGGUACAGGAGUCCAGAACUCCUCCUCGGUGCUACAAGUUAUGGAUUUGAAGUGGACUGCUGGUCGGCAGGCUGCAUUAUCGCGGAGAUGUGCACCGGCCGCCCAUUGUUCCCAGGUGACUCCGAAGUUGGCACGUUGUUUAAGAUCUUCCAGCUGGUGGGCACGCCGUCAGCAACGAAUUGGCCACAGGGCACGCAGCUCCACCAUUUCCGACGCGCAUUCCCGAAGUGGCCAGAGACUGGACUGAAGCCCAUUUUCGCUGUGCGCCCGGAGCUUUAUGCUCAUGGCGGCGAUGAACUCCUCAGCGGCCUGCUGUGCCUGCAGCCUGACCGACGUCUAUCAGCAAGACAGGCACACGGCCAUCGCUUCUGCAGGCAAUGA